GGAAAGGAAGUGGGCUUUCAGCCCCUAUCUGGGAAAAUAAGGCCUCUACCUUUUCCUUCCUGCUGAAAUCUCUCUUCCCCUCAGGCUGGCAUGCUGUUCUCCUGAACUCCAGACUCCUAGAGGAGGCUCAGCUGUUCCAAAUAAGGCCUCGACCAGAAAGCCAAAGAUGGACACCAAGCGUUGGUCCCACUUAGGUUUGAGGUGCCCUAAUAUAGUCCUUUGACCUUCGCCUGGGCGGAGGGAAGGGGCUUGGCUACUUUUGCUUUCAAGAGUCAGAAGCAGAGGCCUAAAAUGGAAACAGCUGAGAAGAAAGGAGCCAACUCAAAAACAAGAUCCAGCUGCAGGAGGUCAGGCCCGAUAAGCAGGCCGACCACAGGCUUGAAAAAGAGGUCAGGUCCCAGGAGCCGAGCUGGAGCAGCGAGGAGUGGCUCUGCCAAGGGGAGACAAUGGCCUGUGAGGCCUGUGUUUGCCCUCAAUGCGUAGAUGGAGAAAGAAGGAGGAUGGGUCAUGUAUGCACAGAUAACUUAAAGGUAGAAGAAAUGUCAACGAUUAGGAGUUUUGAGGGAUUCCACCCUGUGUCUCUGAAGCAAGAGGGAGAUGACCAACCCUCUGAGACUGACCAGCUGUCCAUGGAGGAGAAGGACCCAGGCGAGGACCCGGAGCCAAGGCAGAUUUCAAGGCAGCCAAGUGUGACUGAAUCAACACUCUACCCCAAUCCUUAUCACCGACCUUUUGUCUCACGGAAGUACUUCGCUACACGGCCGGGGGCCAUUGAGACUGCCAUGGAAGACUUGAAAGGGCACAUAGCCGAGACUUCUGGAGAGAAAAUUCAAGGCUUCUGGCUCUUGACAGAGAUAGACCACUGGAACAAUGAGAAGGAGAGGAUUUUGCUGGUCACAGACAAGACUCUCUUGAUCUGUAAAUAUGACUUUAUCAUGCUCAGCUGUGUGCAGUUGCAGCGGAUUCCCCUGAGCUCCAUCUACAGAAUCUGCCUGGGCAAGUUUGUCUUCCCUGGGAUGUCACUGGACAAGAGACAAGGAGAAGGCCUUAGGAUCUACUGGGGAAGUCUGGAACAGCAGUCCCUCUUUUCCCGCUGGAAUCCAUGGUCCACUGAGGUGCCUUAUGCAACCUUCACUGAGCACCCUAUGAAAUAUUCCAAUGAGAAGUUCCUCGAAAUUUGUGAGUUGUCUGGGUUCACGUCUAAGCUUGUUCCAGCUAUCCAGAAUGCCCACAAGAAUUCGACUGGAUCUGAAAGAGGAAAGGGACUGAUGGUGCUAACUGAACCCAUUUUGAUUGAAACCUACAUGGGGCUGAUGUCAUUCAUUGGAAACCGCAACAAACUUGGCUAUUCCCUUGCCCGCGGGAGUAUUGGUUUUUGAGAUGUUUUUUGAUGUAUAAGUAUGCCAUCCACUAAUACAUAUUUAUCGAAGAUUCUGUUUCAGGCCACCAUAGUUUUGGAUUGAAACAAUUCAUUACUUCCUAAUACUAUAACAUGACUUUGAAUACUCAGUGUCUCAGAAAAUCUAAAAGCUUGACUAGACUGAUAUGUGUACACUUCAGACCUCGUUUAAGUGUAACCAAAUUUCCUAAAACCAGAAAAUACAUUCUCUUAAGCUCAUCAAAUAAUGUUAGAAUGCCUGAUCAUAAACUGAGGGUAGACUCUGGGUUCUUACUCUUCUGUCCUCUAAAUGUAGGCAUUUUCUGGAUCUUGACCUUGAGUCCUUUGAUUCUGAUCUUUUCUUUCACUGGGGUCUGACUAUAUCAGGAUGAAUUACUAUAUGAGGAUGAAUUACAAGUCCAUAUUUAUAUCCCUGAUAUUGCUUCAAGAUUCAGUUUUGUAUUUCUUUCUGCUAAUCACAUAUAUCAGUGUUCCAACAGCCACUCACAUUCAACAUCUUCAAAAUCCUAGAGUUCUCUGUCCAUUUUUAUGGUUCUAGUCAUAUUCCCUGAUAUAUCUAAAUUCCUUGCUAAAUAAUUUCAUAUAGGAUCUUUCUUUGUCUGCUUGGACAGUUACUACAAAAUUCCAUAGGCUGGGCGGCUUAUAAACAACAGAACUGUAUUUUUUUGGAGGCUGGAAUUCAGAACAGGCUGCCAUCAUAGGCAGGUGAGGGCCCUCUUCCCAGGUGACAGACUUCUUGUCAUAUCCUCACAUAGUAAGGGGCAAGAGGGUUCUCUUGUGCUUCUUUUAUUAAUCUUAUUCAUGAGGGCUCUGCUUUCAUGAUGGAAUCACCUCCCAGAGGCCACUUUUUAAUACCAUCACAUUGGGUUUUAGGAUUUCAGCAUAUGAAUUUUGGGGUGACACAAACGGUCAGACCAUAACAAUACCAAAUUUAUGUAUGGCUUAACAUUGUACCCCAAUGCCCAGAUGUCAAACUUAAAGUUCAUUCUUCUUUCAACCUUGUUCAUGAACUCUUUUGCCUUUCCACUUUCAUGGGUGUGUAUUAUUAGAUCAAGUCUCUAAUUCUGUUUCCCUGGAUAAUUUUGCCAUUGCCUUUUACUUGGGAUCUUUGAUCUGAGGCUGACUCUAUUCUAAUCCAGCCUGCAUUCGGUUGCCAGAUUUCUAAAGCACAAUUUGACCCUAUCACUCCCGGCUUAAGAAAUUUUAGUGGUUCAUUUCUUCUGCAGUCUUUUGUUCAAACAUUUAUUUCAUUUUAUUUUACAAUAGCAGACACUUUCUUCUAUUGAAAUAUGUUUUAGACUCUUAAUGUGUAGAGCAGAGAGAAGUAAGGCCACUAAGAUUGAAGUGGACAUGGGAAUGCCUCAGAUUCCUCUUUUCAUGGGUCUUGGAGGUGCCCCCUGUGGAAUGUUGAUGGGUCCCAGAAGGUUUUGAAGAGCAUGUUUUCAAAAAUACUGUCCUAUCUUAUCCUGUUUUCUUUGCUCUUUUCUCUCAUAUUUUCUCUCUUCCUUUCCCUGAUGAACAACUCAGGAGAUUAUCUCAUCUGUUCUCAUCUCUUUGAGUUUUUCUUUUUUCAAUUUUACAAUUUUAUUUUUUUAAUAUAUUUUGAAAAGUUUCUUUGAAUGAUGAACACCAUAAAUAUUAUUACAAUGAGCUUUUCAAGUCUGUCUCAAGACUGAAAGUUAAGACACUUUGGUUUGUAUUCAAGUUAAAAAUUCCAGCUAUUUUUUUGGGGGGGGUGUGGCUUGUGAAGAGUUUAUUUUUAAAGGCUUUUCUUCUAAAAUUUUAUUUCUUCAAUUUCAAAGAUUUGUCCUCUGAUUCAUUAACAAACAUCAAUUUGAUGCAGACAUUCAAAACCCACACCUUAAAUAACCUUCAUUUUAUUUAGUCUUUGUCAUUGUUUACUUCCAUUAACAUUUCUCUUUUUCUCUCUUUCCCCUUCGCAGCACCCACUUCCCCUCAACAGUCCCUGCCGCCCCCCCCCCCCACCAUGAUGGCAAAUAUUGUUCUAGUCCCCAAGGCAGGGAACUUCUAUUCAGACUGUAAAAGGAAAUGUUGAAAUCCUUAGCUGUCCUGUCAACAGUAGUGGAAUGAAAAGUCGUUGGAUUGUUUUGGCAGUGGUUCUGAAGCAGGCAUAAUUGGCAAAUUAUUAUAACACUGUUGCCCGAAAAACCCUGUUUGCCUCAAGAUAGUGGCAUUUGUUGGCAGAAGCAUCUGAAAUGUCCAGCACAUUCUUUUGAGUUACCAUUUAAGGAUCAGCCUGACAAUAGACUUCUUUCUGCACAUUUGUCCCCUUUGUAACUUAGGACAGACUGUUCCCAAGUGACUUUCUAAAGAGCACAGUGCAGUCCCACCAAUGCAAAAGAUGAGAGGAGAUGUCUCUUAGCCCUGAGGUCUAGACUCUAACAAAUAGGAUAAGCAUUUAAUAACACUGAAACUGUUUGCUAUGGAGAAGACUGAACUCAGGGAUGAUGACAUGAGAAUGCUUUGCACAUUUCACAAAGACUGUCUAGUGUGAUAUCCCAUAAACUGAUAUGUGGGACCUAAAAAGCAGGCUAUGACUAGAGGAUGAAAGGAUUCAGGAGUCUAGAAAGUCUAGAAAGUACGUUAAGGUAAAAAAGAACUUCUUACAGGUAGGGAUGUUGAAGAUGGAAUGGUUGCCCCUUGGAAGAGGGAGCCUGCUGUCACUUGAUGUAGGGCCUAGGUGAAGUGGAUAUUGUGAACAGGAUUGACAAAUGGGUGAUUGAUAUUAUACUUUAAAGCUAAAGACCUUACUAUGAUCCUCCAAAUAAUUGUUACUAAUGAUUAGAUAAUUAAAUCAUUUUUUCUUUGAAAAGUAUUGAAUCAGUCAAAUGAGACCCUAGAAAAUUACCUCAACUUUCCUAAGAUUUAAUUUCCUCAUCUGUAAAAUGGAGACAGUGAUAACUUUUCUGCCCACUUCGUAAAGAUCUUGUAAGAACUGAAUGAAAUGAGGUUAAAUUAUUGUAUUAAAAAAACAAAAGCAAACAAAAAAAACAACCCCCCCAAAAAACAUUGAGUACCUGCCUGUAGAGUGAUAAGACUUAGAAGCAGAAAGUAGGACAACAUCCUUGGGAACUAUAUUUAGUUCCCCCUGGGAAUUAUUCCCACUAUGGACCUACUUACUGACCAUCAUUCUCCCAUUUGAUCCUUGGUGUUCUAACUUGGGUUCCUUGUCCAUAAGCUCAACAGGAAAUACAAACCACAAAUCAGGGGACCUACUAUAUGCCUGGACUGUUCAUUCAGACUGUCAUCUGAACUAUACUAAUAAAGUUUCUGAAAGGGACAUCAUUAAUUUGGGAAUAUGGUUAUUUAUAAGAGCCAUUAAGUAUCAGGCACAUCAUCAUAAUAAUGUCAUGGUUGGCCAUCUUCUUUAUCUGAUCUUUAUCCCAUUCAGGAAGCCCUUGAUAAAUCUCCUUUCAAAAACUGCUUGAACAUCUUUCUUGACAGAUAGUUCAAGGUUUCUUGAUAGAUCUUGGGUCGUUUUGAUGGUUAGAAUAUUCUUCUUCUUUUGUUUAAGACUCUGUAACAUCCACCCGCGGAGAUUUCAGGAAUUAAAAAAAAAAAAAAAAUUCUUUUGCUGGAGUGAGUUUAGCUUCAGUUUUCACACUGGGAUACCGGGAUGUGGGAUACUUGGGUACAGAGGUGAGGUUAGUGGAUUCUCUAAUGUUUACAAGAAGGGGAGCUGUCAAGAAUUGGUGAGCCUGACCUUCAAGUGGGCAAUAGGGCCUCCUAGGAGGCCUGACCUUUGGCCAUUCUCUAAGGCAGAAAAGAGAAGCCAGUUGAUAUGCUUUGGAUCUUUUGCCUCAAGGCCUGUUCUCCUGGUCCCCUUGCUCAAGCAAUACUAAGAAAGCCACGCACAGAACCCUGGGGCUAAGGAGUCAGGAAAAUCAUCCAACCCCAUGCGUUCAUUUCACAAUGAAGCAAAGGGAUAGAAACUGGAAAAAAAAAAAUGCUCAAAAAGCAGAUGGUACUGGGAUUAAACUCUAAAGCUUCCAAUUUCCUAUUCCUGGCCCACUGCUCUUUGUAUAAAUCUCUAUUCCCAGGGAAAGGCAUAGCAUCUAAAUCAGGGCCUCAUAGUUGCCGGGCUGAUUCUGAGGUAAGAAAACAAUAGGUCAUCGUUUUUUGAGGGGAAUUUCCAGAAAUUACCUGUCUUUUCUUAAAGGCUAAGGUCACUCACAGAACUCUCUGAUUUCCUAUCUGAUCGAAAAGCCCAAACAAAGCUGCGGAAGCCAGCCGAGCCAGCAGAUAUUUUGUAAGGCGGCUUUACCUCUGCCUGGCAUUUGGUGGGGCCAGAGAGGGGAGGGCAAAAGUAUUAAAUUUAGGCUUAAAAGCUCCUCAGAAAUUCUUUACACACAAGAGACCAAGUUGGAGAAAAGAAGAUGACUCGUGCCAAGGGGAAGAAAGAGAGACUAAUGCCUGUGGUUUUCAAAGGUUAACAGCAAAAAAAAAAAAAAAAAAAA